AUGAAGAUAACGACGACUAUGGAACUCAAGAAAGACGACGAUUGGGCGAAGUUGACCAUCGAUUGGUCGGACGAUAUGUCGGCCGAGGAUUUGGAGGCCGUGUUUGUUAGCCGCACUGGUCAACUACGAAACAAACGUGUAUAUGAGGGACACGUUUCGCAAGACGUCGGACGACAUAUAAGAUUAUCGGCCGACGAUUUAUCACGUGAUGAGCGCCAUCGGGCUGUGUUCUUGACAGCGGCCGGUGAUUGCGUUGCCGGACGACAGAGAACUCCCGUAUGUCGUCGUAUGGCAUACACGUGGAGUGAGUUCCCACGCGGAAGCGGUCGACGGUCGUCAUCGGGUAUCGGUGAGGCCGUAGCCUUGAAACUGUGGUCAAUGGGUGCGUCGGUUGUGAUUACUGGUAGAGAUACUAAGCGUAUAGACGCUGUAAUCUCCCGGUGCCUCAACAACAGCAACAGCAGUCAACCAGCAACCGGUAUUGGUAUCAAACAACAUGAUGGUGACCACCAUCGCCGACGCCACCAUCAAAAAGCUAUCGGUAUUAGAGCCGAUCUAUUAGUGGACACAGAUAUCGAUUUACUAGUCGCACGAGUGUCGGCCGAGUUUGGCGGCCAAUUGGAUAUACUGGUCAACAAUGCCGGUAUGGAAGGGUUAGCCAAUUUUGUUGAUGACAAUUGUGUGAUGUUAAUCGACCAGGAGCUCAAUUUUAUGCGUGCCCAACAACGACUGACCCGAUUGUUAAUACCUAUGCUAACGUCAAGCGCCACCAUCUGCAGCAGCUUCAGUAGUAUUGUUAACGUAUCGGCCAUCACUGAAAAAGCCCAAUCACAAUCAUUACCUAAUAUGUUGGGCAAAAUCAGUUUAGAUAUGUUUACUAAAUGUCUGGCCCUGGAGUUGGCACCCAAUGGUGUACGGGUUAAUAGUGUCGGUCCCGGUGUUAUAGCGACACCGUCACUACUCGAUCAUCCAGUGCUCAAACAGAUAGUAUUAAUGCCUGAAUUUAUGCAAACAAUACCAUUAGGACGUCUAGGUUUGCCGGACGAAGUGGCCAAUGCGGUAGCAUUUUUAGUGGUCACACCAUCAGAGGCACCGACAGUCAGUAGAGGCGCCGGUAGUUUUAUUACUGGUAUAAAGUUGAACAUUACGGGCGGCCAAUAG